AUGAGUCGUCUCCCAAUUGAAGAGUUACUGAAAAUCACCAAUUUCUCAAGAGGCGAGCUAGAAGCCCUCACGCGCCGUUUCGCUGAGCUGGGGCCUGACAAGACCGAUCGUGUCGAUCGUGCCCGUUUCCGUGAUUUGCUGGCUGAUACGUUUGGUGUUGAUGAUUCCCUGUUGAUGGAUCGUGUGUUUCGAUGCUUUGACAGUGACGCCGACAACUACAUUUCAUUCGACGAGCAUGUGCGAGGCAUGUCUGUCUUCCUCAAGGGAAAAUUUGAAGAGCGUUUACGAUUCUGCUUCCGAGUCUACGACCUAAACGGCGAUCGCUACAUCUCCAAAGAAGAAACCUUCCAAAUGCUCCGCAACUGUCUCGUCCGCGGCUCAGAGGAAGACGAAGACGGUGUCAAAGACCUGGUAGACCUCGUCCUCAAACGCCUUGACGAAGACCGUGACGGCCGUGUCUCCGAAGCUGACUGGGCUGCUGCUGUUGGUCGCGAACCACUCUUGCUAGAGGCUUUUGGACAGUGUUUACCAGCUGCUAAGGUUGUUGAAAAGUAUCUGAAUGUCGAGCUGGAGGCUACAGUUGCGAGUUCGAGAGCUGCUACGUAUGGAUUGAGUAAGAAGGUUGCCACGAAUGCUGCGACAAGCCCCACGAUUCCAAAGGUGGAGGUUUCAAAGGCUGAUGCUAAGGCUGGACCUGCUAAACGUGCUCCUUCGGCGCCACAAGCUGGUCGAUAA